UCUGUAGUCCUUUUUUUUUGUUUUAUGAAUGGUUUGUUUUACAAGCAAUUGUAGUGGAAAGGCCAGGAGGAAGUAAGACAGGAACUCAAAAUGUUGUGCUGCAGAUUAGACAAAAUCCGCACUUCUGAUGUAGACGCAUCAAUCACUGGGAUAUGCACACAUCCCUGAGUUUCACCAUAUCCUCUCCCCACAGUAAGAACAAAAUUUCUGGAAGGUACAAACUCACGCCUGUGUCGCUCUGUGCUGGGUUCCAAAAACCGGCAUCUACUCUACAAGAUGAAUCCUGAAAAAUUGGAAUUUUGCCUCGUUAUGGAGUUUACCCAUGUGUGUUGUAAUUACCUUUUCAACCAUUCAUGAAAAAAGGGACCUUCAAGAUCAUUUAAACAGCUGUGCUUGGACUUCGCCAUUGAGUAGAGAUAAAUCAAUUAUUACCAGGACUUUGUAUCUGGUCCGGUUACCUUUUUCAUUAUCGGCUCAAGAUUUUUUUCACUAGAAUCUAGUGACUAGAUGGAUCAAAGCAAACUAUGAGCAUUUGGUUGUCGUUACACCUGGAAAGAUGCUACAGACACAGUACACCCCAGCUUUUGAGGAAUAUACCCAUGAAGCAUUAUCAGUGGUGAGCGACGAUCAGUCAUUAUUUGAGUGUGCCUACGGAACGCCACACCUUACCAAGUCGGAGAUGACGGCUUCAUCCUCCAGUGAAUAUGGGCAAACUUCGAAAAUGAGUCCACGGGUCCCUCAGCAAGACUGGCUGUCCCAGCCCCCAUCCAGAGUCACCAUCAAAAUGGAAUGUAACCCCACUCAAGUCAACGGAUCCCGGAAUUCCCCAGAUGACUGCAGCCUUUCCAAAGGUGGCAAAAUGGGUAGCGGAUCGGAAAAUAUUGGAAUGAAUUAUGGCAGCUACAUUGAGGAAAAACAUAUUCCACCUCCCAAUAUGACAACCAACGAAAGGAGAGUCAUUGUCCCUGCAGAUCCAACAUUAUGGAGCACGGACCAUGUGCGACAGUGGUUGGAGUGGGCAAUUAAAGAAUAUGGACUACCAGACGUUGAUGUCAUGCUGUUCCAAAAUAUUGAUGGGAAAGAACUAUGCAAAAUGACCAAAGAUGAUUUCCACAGACUAACGGCCAGCUACAACGCAGAGAUCUUGCUCUCACAUCUCCACUACCUCAGAGAAACUCCUCUUCCUCAUUUGACUUCAGAUGAUGUUGAUAAAGCCUUACAAAACUCACCACGAUUAAUGCAUGCUAGAAACACAGGAGGCGCCACCUUUAUCUUCCCAAAUGCGUCAGGAUAUCCCGAAGCACCUCAGAGAAUCACAAACAGACCAGAUUUAACUUAUGAGCAGUCAAGAAGAUCUGCAUGGCCCAAUCAUCCCACACCGCAGUCAAAAGCUUCACAAGCACCCACCGUAGUGCCAAAAACAGAAGAUCCAAGACCCCAGCUAGAUCCUUAUCAGAUUCUUGGCCCAACAAGCAGUCGCCUUGCGAAUCCAGGCAGUGGACAAAUCCAGCUGUGGCAGUUUCUUCUGGAACUUCUUUCAGACAGCUCCAACUCCAACUGCAUUACUUGGGAAGGAACAAACGGAGAGUUUAAGAUGACCGACCCAGAUGAAGUGGCAAGACGUUGGGGAGAAAGGAAGAGUAAACCUAACAUGAACUAUGACAAGCUCAGCCGUGCACUCCGCUACUACUACGACAAGAAUAUUAUGACUAAAGUCCAUGGCAAGCGCUAUGCUUAUAAGUUUGACUUUCAUGGGAUUGCUCAAGCCCUUCAACCACAUCCUCCAGAAUCAACAAUGUACAAGUAUCCCUCCGAACUUCCCUACAUGAGUUCUUAUCACACGCACCCUCAGAAGAUGAACUUUGUUGCUCCUCAUCCUCCAGCUUUACCUGUGACAUCAUCCAGUUUUUUUGCAGCUCCAAACCCUUAUUGGAAUUCUCCAACCGGAAGUAUUUAUCCCAGCAGCCGACUCCCGGCAAGUCACAUGUCAUCUCAUCUUGGAAGUUACUACUAAAUCUCAAGAAAAGACUUUACUGUGGAUUACAAUUCACCGGGGACUCUACCAGUGCCUUUUUUUUAAACGGGUGCAUAAAAGGGGCAGAUAGGCCAAAAACACAAAACUUUUUCUAGAGGGUAAAGACGCAAAAUUUUACUAACGAAGUUCAAAUGCCAAAGAUGUAACGUAGGAAACAUCAGCAUUGGACCAAUAUGUAUUCUUGGUUCGACUUUUGCUAGUCGAAGUCUAUGAUGGAUUUGCCGAAAACGACGGUGAGAUCUUACUUAUAAACUUUUUGUAAAAAAAAACAUAAAAAAACAAAAGUAAAUAAGAAAACUAUAUUCUAUAUACAAAAGUGUGGACUAUCAUAAUAUAAAUUCUGUAGUGCAAACUACCUGUAUUUAAGAAUACAAGUAUACAAUCAGGAUCAACUAAACAAAAGUAGUAUCAGUAACAUAAUGUCAAGGCAAAAAUUUGACAAAAUUUCACUUGAGGAAAAAAAAACUUUCUGGCAAACUGUGAAGACUUCCUACAUUCCUUGAUGUAUCUGAAAGAGAAGUAUGAGCCAUUUUGGUGGAACAAAGAAAGUGCUUAGAAGUAAUUAUGCUCAAGAAGGUUUAUAAGCAGAUGUCGAAGGGAAGGGUGAAAAAUUGGAAAAAUUUGUCUUGUUCAUGGAAAGCUAUUGAAACGACAGAGGGCUUGACAAUACAGGGACAUAUGUUUUUGAGACUUCUUUGAGAAAUGUUACAGCAGUAUUAAUACCGCCAUCAGUAUUACUGAGAACAAAAUGAUACGGUUGAAAUGGUAUAGAAUAGAAUAGUUAUCUUUAAUGAUAUAAAACUGGAAUUGUCUGAUAUUUAAAAAAAAAAAAAAAAACAGGACCUCGUCUGUAAUGUACAAUAUACAACACCCAACUUUUUUUCAGAGAUGCAAUGGCUGAUUUAAGAGAAGUGGAAACAACCAGAAUUUUUCGGUCCAUUUACACACAUACUGUAUCGAGUGCAGAAUGAUAAUCAAAUUUUAGCACACCUAAAAAAUACAAUUAUUGCAGUUCACAUCUAGUCAUUGCUAAAUGUAACAUUUUUUUUCAAUGUGUUGCCCAUGGCAGCAAGAGAAUUUAAUAUGGCACUGAUAUUGGAAGCAAUACUCGUUGGUGGAAUCCAAUCAACCUUCUCCAAUUUUAUUGCCAAAGCUCUCAGGGUGGAUUUUGUACACAUUUUUUUUUUUAUUGUAAUCUCUGUUUGAGGGAUUUUGGAUUGAAUAUUAAGUAAGUUCCCUCAUUGCUACAAUCUGAACUUUUGUUGUUGUUGUUUUUAUAAGCAGGCGCCAGUUUUAUUUGAGUCGCGAACGCUGUGCGUUCGUCAGGUUGAAGUAUACAAGUCAAUGGUAUUUUUCAUUUUUAUAUAAUUAUAUAAGUUAUGCAUUUAUACACUACGAGUUGAGCUCGGCCAACCAAAGAAACACAGAAGGGACACGUUGAAACUUUAAGACAAAAAAGGAAAAAAAAAUAAGUUGUGGCCUUGAAUUUAAACUCUGUAUGCUUGAUGUUUACAAUAUGAACCAUUAGUACUUAGAAAUGCAGUUUUUAUGCAAUACAAUAAGCUUGGCCUAGCAUGGCAAUUCAGAUGUAGACUGUAGUUUGCAUUAUGCGUUUUUAUUUUAUAUUGACCAAGAUGCCCAUCUCAUUUUUUUUAAACCUAUAUCUGUGGCAUUUGGAAAUAUACAUUCAAUUUACUGAAGAAAAAAAAAACACUUUCAACAACUUAGUAAAGCCCAACCCAAAUAAGCAGUGUGAUGUGAUAUUAUACAUUUAAGUAGGUAAAAUGAUAUACAGUUUUACUAUUUAUUAUCUCUCACUAUCAAAAAAACAGGAAGGUAAAAAGGUUUAAUUUGGGGUCCAAAAUUAUCCUUAAUUUUGGUUUAUGUAAUAAAAGUAAUUUAUAAUAAAUUUUUCUUGUUUCCCAGUAGACUGCGGUAUUCACCUAAAGUUUUCCCUUGAAAAACUUGUAAGCCAUUCCUUAAAAACUGCUUUCUGUGGAACCUUU